GGACCGAAGAGGCGCCAGUGCGUUCAGUUGUGAAUCGAGUCGGGCAUCAAUUACAAAAAUGUAUGUCCGAAAAGGGACUAUGCUUGCUUGUAAAUCAUGGCAUUUCCGAUGAAAAGUUAAAAACCGCUUGGGAUCAUCUCGAUGAUUUUGUUGACCUACCUGGCGAUGUGAAGGAGCAUUACCUACGCACUGGUGAUGAUAAUCACGGCUACGUGCGCCCAGGCGUAGAGCGUUUCAAUGGCAAAACUCCUGAACUCCGCCAUGCUUUCAACAUUUGCACAUUAAAUGCGAAAAAUUUACCCGAAGAACCAUUACCUGGCUUCGCGGAACACAUUUCAUGCUUGGCACAGGAUUUCAAAGCACUCUCCCGCUUCAUUCUGCAGGCACUUGCCGUCUCGCUCGACAUACCACAAUCGUUCUUUCUCGAGAAACACUCACACAUGCUGUCCGGUGAUCAUGACAACGAGUCCACACUACGUCUGCUCUACUAUCCGCCCAUCAUUGAGGAUACGGAUGAGAAGAAUGACUUUAUUAAGGGCAGUUGUAUUUACAGUUAUCAACGUUGUUUGUCGGAUAAACCCGAUUUCCGGCCAGAAACGAAUCCGCGUGAUGAAAUCAACGAAUUGGAUGGCAAAGAUGAAAGCAAGGACACCACUGAACGUCAGUUGCCCAACGGUGAAAUGAUACGCUGUGGUGCACACACAGAUUAUGGUACAUUUACAUUGUUGGCUCAGGACUCGGAGGGUGGACUUGAGGUGAAAAUGCCGGGUAGUGAAAAAUGGCAGCGUGUUGGCCAUUUGCCCGGUGCCAUAUUGAUAAACUGCGGUGAAAUCUUGUCGAUAUGGACGAAAGGACGUUAUCCAGCAUUGCAACAUCGUGUUGUGAUACCAGAACAGCCACAUAUACGCACGCGUGGCCGUCAUUCCAUUGCAUUCUUCUGCCAUCCAGAUAACUUAACUAUGAUUUCGCCAAAUGACCUGCCCAACACAGAAGUCGGCACCGAUACGGUCGACAAGAAGCCACGCAAGAAGUCCUUCAGGGCAGCGAAAGAGAA